GAAACAUUUUACCCCCUUAACCAGGCAGUUGCAGUGGUGCAGAAUGGCUGACCUCAGUCUUGCAGAUGCAUUAACAGAACCAUCUCCGGAAAUUGAGGGAGAGAUUAAACGGGACUUUAUUGCCACACUGGAGGCAGAGGCCUAUGAUGAUGUUGUGGGAGAAACUGUUGGAAAAACAGACUACAUUCCUCUCCUGGAUGUUGAUGAGAAAACCGGGAAUUCGGAGUCAAAGAAGAAGCCAUGUGCAGAUAGUAGCCAAGUUGAAGGUACUCCAUCUCCUAAACCAGCAGUGCUAGCCAAUGGUGACCAUGGAAUAGAAGGGAAUGACACUACAGGGUUUCCGACUGAAUUCCUUGAAGAGAAAAUGGCCUACCAGGGAUAUCAGAACAACCAGAACUGGCCAGAGAAUACGAACUUUUGCUUUGAACCUGAACAAAUGAUGAAUCCUGUCCAGACUGAUCCCUUUAAGAUGCACUGCGAUGAUAGUCUGCAAGAUUUGCUGUUUUUCCCCAGUGGAACAACCAAUGCUUCAGCAUUUACACAACAAAAUGAUCCCCUGAAAGACAGUUAUGGUCUGCUUCCCUGUGACACAUUUGCUCCUGUAGCAGUUGUACCUCAAAGCUGGCAAGUGGAAGCCUCAAACUCUCCCCACGCCGGGGUCUUCAUUUCCCCGGAAGCCACACAACCUCCGCAGUCCACAGCAGUGCCAGCCAAAGAGGUAGAAAUGGCAUCAGCUGAAGAGAGGGCAUCAACAAAAGCAUUGGAAAUGAUGGGACUGAAUGCUGCUGACAUGGCACCAUCUAGAGAAACAGAGAUGGCUCUGACUAAGAACAUGACACCAAUCACAGAAACAGAGGUGGUGCUGACCAAAGACAUGGAACCACCUACCAAAGAAGAUGUGUCAUUUGCCAAGGACAUGGAAUCAUCCAUUGAAUCAGAUACGGCUGUAGUCAAGGACAUGGUACUACCUAUAGAAGCAGAGGAAACCCCAGGCAAGGAUGGAAUACUAUUCAAAGAAACAGAAAGGGCACCACUGAUAAAAAUGGAUUUGGCCCCAGCUGAAGGCAUGGUAUCACUCUCAGAAAUGGAGAUGGCACUGGCUAAGGACGUUGUAUCAUCCACAGAAAUAUCCUCAGCCAAGAAGUUGGCCUUGUCCUCAGAAACAGAGGUGGCCCCAGUCAAGGACAUGGCUCCAUAUCCAGAAAUAGAGAUGUCCCUGGGCAAGGAUGUGACUCCACCUCCAGAAAUAGAGAUGUCCCUGGGCAAGGAUGUGACUCCACCCGCAGAAACAGAGGUGGCCCUGUUCAAGGACAUGGCUCCAGCCCCAGAUACAGAGGUGGCCCUUGUCAAGGACAUGGCUCCCGCCCCAGAAACAGAGGUGGCCCUGGUCAAGGACAUGGCUCCUGCCCCAGAAACAGAGGUGGCCCUGGUCAAGGACAUGGCUCCCACCCCAGAAACAGAGGUGGCCCUGGUCAAGGACAUGGCUUUAUCCCCCAAAACAGAGAUGACCCUGGGCAAGGAUAUGGCUCUGCCUGCAGAAACAGAGAUCUCCCUGGCUAAGGAUGUUGUACCACCCUCAGAAACAGAGGUGGCACCAGUUCCAGUUAAGGACAUGGAAGUUGUACGGACACAGGGAGAAAUACAUGAGGAUUCCCAGUUAGAAUCUCUCCAGAAUGAGGGGCAUUCAGCUUCACCUACUUCCAUGAUUUCACCAGAACCAGUCACAGCCACGGCCCAAAAGUUCAACUUGCCAACAGAUGAGGCAUCUGUGUUAGAGAAACUAGAGCAAAAGAAACCAUUCAGUAGUCAACCUUCUGAGCUUUCUUCAGAGACCUCAGGUACCCUUCCCACACAAGCCAAACAAGUGUGCAGACCCAGUGACCGCAGGGCCGCCCGGCCCAGGCCUACCAGGGUCCCUCCUGAACUUCUGGGAGGCUCUUCACGGAAGACUCUUGAUCCUGGGCUGGGCCCCUCCUCUUUGUCUGAGACGGGUUGGGUCUCUGGUUCAGUUUCCUGUGGUGAGCCUGGAAACCAAAGGAAAACUAUUCAUGUUGACUUCCUUGAACCCCAGAGGGAUCUUGGCAGGGAAGCCUGGGAUGUAGAAAGCACAGCAAUAGUGAUGAAGAAAAAAAAGAAGAAACCAAAGCAAAAAAGGUAUUCUCAACCUCAGGUUGGGGGACCUUGGGAUUAUGACAGUGCAAAAGAGGCUAAAGGUCAUCCCUUUGUAGCUGACCCACAAAAAUCAGGUGUCCUUCCCAGCCAUUCUACCACUGCGGGUGCGGAAUAUUCACUGACAUCCAGAGAAAACCUGAAAAAGAAAUGUGAACUUGACUCCAGAACAACCAAACUGGCAGCUGAGAAUUGGGUCUCAGAAAGCCUCAGUGUUCCUUUGAGUCUUUUGGAAGAAUCCCCGAAAGCUGCAGAAAAUUCUCAGCUCAAGCGGAGUGGAGAGGCAGAGGUCAAAGGUAUGAAGUCAGGACCACAGAGCCAAGACAGGAAGUCUUUGCAGCAAGGUGAACACAAACCACAGACCGCUCCUCACCCGGAGGCUCCUGGGGAUAAAGGCCAGAUGGCAGGCUCUCUCAAACUGAAAGGGCCCCUGACAGAAGUUUCUGCACACAAAGUAGAAAUUCCUUUGGAGGUCAGACCAAAAGAGGGUUGCUUUCCUGUCUUGGACCAAGAGGUUAUGGGGGAAGUUUUAAAAUCCACAUCAGCAAAAGAACUGCCUAAUUCGAUACCCACUUUGACAACAAGUAAUCCAUUAGAAAGUAGUCUGAAAAAAGAGAAUGAUGAAAGGAAAAUGACUAAGCUGCAGAUUGACAGACAGAAAGAGUUCUCUGAAGUAACUGAAGAUGUUAAAGAACUUAACAAGGAAGCUUUUCCAGAGCAAAGACAAGAGAUGAGCAUCUUAGCUUCUGAGCAGCCACCACAGGACAAAGUUCAGGUUCCUGGGCCAGGGAAUGAACCAUUUAAGAGAACGGCAGGUGAUGGCAAAAGCAGGAAGGGAAGGGGGAGUUCUGGAAAAGUGAGAGUGAGUUCUGGGAAGGCAAGAACAAGGACUGAGCUGCCGAUCUCUCCAGACAGCCAGGGGGAUGGCAGAGCUGUCCUUGUGCCAAAUGAACCAGCCCUUAAAACAGAAAGAAUGGCUGCUGUGGAUAAGAGUGAGGAGCUGGGGCUGGAUUCUUCCAAGAAGCCGGGAAUCACCGCUGAUCUUCCUGAGGCAGUGGUCGUGGGGGAGCCUAAGGAGACUACUGACCCUAGUGUGGCAAGCACCUUGCAGGCAUUGAUUUCUUUGGGAACUGGGUCAGGUGUGACUCAGACUCCUGGUGCUACGACAGAAAGAGGAUCUGUGGCCAUAGAUCUAGGUGUCAGUAACCAAAGCAAGGAAGGAAAGUGUCCUUGGAUGGGUCAAGAGUCAGCUCCCUGGAUUUCUGAAAAGCCUAAAAAAAGAAGCAGUGAAGGCAAAAACAAAAAGUUUAAAAAUAAUUAUUCUACACAGCUUGCUAAGGUAGAGAGCAAGGAAGAAGUCCUCAGCCCAUUCCUCGUAGGGAAGGGUGGAGGUGCUGGUGGCACUUCCCAUCAAAACAAGGAGUUAGGACUCACUUUCCCGGUAAAUCCUGAACCUUUGUUCUCACAGACAUCGAAUACACCUACAGUGGAGAUAGUUGGCCGACAGGAUAGAACUGGUGAGGUUAAUUCUUCUGAGCUUGGGGUUCUUGGUAGGAACAAAACAGCCACAGUCAAGGAUUCUGCUGUUAUUGAAGCAGCUACUAAGGUGACAGAUGUAAGCUGCCAAGACCAAAUCCAGAGGGCAGGACUUCUUCCUUCAGUACUGCCUGAGGAGCAUAAGACAGAUGCAGCCAAGGGGCACACUGCAGUGACUGACAAACCAAAUAAAAAGGGUAAUGAUGGAAAAAGCAAAAAGGUUAAAAAUAGCUUUUCUGAGAAGCACAUUUUAGAGAAUAGGACAGAUGCAACAAAAAGACAUGUUCCCAUGGAAGCCACAGGAGACCAGAGAAUAGAAGGAAUGGGCUAUGUGGAUGAAAAUAGAAAUAUUACAUUUACCUGCCCCAGAACACUACCAGAGGUAAUGAAUAAGUCAGACCCUCUAAAGGCUCUGGAUUCAGCAGCCUGUGAAAAACUGCCCACUCCUACUCCUCAGUUAGUAAAGGAAGGUGAUUCUUUUCCAGAUACCUUGGCAGAAAGUAGGCAAGAGACAGCCCCGGCCCAGAUUUCCAAUUUAUUAGUGGUAGGUAAUUGCAGCAAAGAUGGAGUCCCAGAUCAAGAAAGAUCCAAGGCUCCCUCUGCUGUUACGCCCUUUACAAGCACAGGAGGAGGUGCUCUGGCUUUUACAGCAGCCAUAGAAUCCAUGAAGAGUCCUGGAGAUAACUGUCUUAAGAAUAAAGGUGAGCUUGCUGAUCCCAUGAAAAAUAAAGCAGGGAUAGAGGGAGGGAAUGUGGUAGGAGAAUCUGAGUCACUUCCCAAUGAUGCAUCUAAGCAUUCAGUAGAGAAAAUCACAGAACUAGCAAAGGGGCACCUUUCUGGAGUGCCAACAGAAGACCAGAGCCUACCAAGUGAACUCAGAGGUCUAGAAGUAUGUGCAGAUAGGAGUAAUUUUCCAACAUAUCCAGUAAACAAAAGGAAGGAGUCUGAGGAAGAUUCUGCUUCAGUUCAUAUUCCUGACUUACUGGGAGACAAAGCACAAAAGCCCCAUUUCUGUGAGGACCAAAAUGCUGAAGGUAGAGAGUCCAGGGGCCCAGCUAGUUUGAAUAAGGAGGUAGAUAUGACACUCUUGCCUCCAAAAAGUGAAAAGGAUAAAUUGAAAGGAAUUAGCCUGACUUCUAAAAUCACAGAAUUAGAAGAUGUUUCCUUGCCAACACCAGAACUCCAAUCAAAUUUCUUAGAUGGCCAAGUAGGAGCUACCCCUUCGAGCAUGGUAGAUAAGUUAGUAGUUACUGCUUCCAAGGAUCUUCAUCUCCCAGAACCCAAAGAUAAGAUCUUGGAGGCACCUGAGAAAGUGACAGAAAAACCUGAAUCAAAGAUCCUGGGUGAAGGGAAAAAGGAAGAAAAAAGAAUGGCAGAACCGAUGAAAGGCUACAUGAGACCCACCAAGUCCCGAGGACUUCCCCCACUUUUGCCAAAGUCUGCAGUCCAGGAACGAGAGAGAUCCAAGCAAGCGAAGUCCAGCGGAAUAUCCAAGCCAGAAGAAGGACAACCUACUGUGAGUGUGACCGGAAAUGACAUCACCGCCCCUCCAAACAAGGAGCUCCCACCAAGCCCAGAGAAGAAAACAAAGGUAGUUGCCAGAAUGCCUUUGGCCACAACUCAACCUGCAAAGACUUCAACAUCGAAAGCCAAAACACAGCCCACUUCUCUCCCUAAGCAGCCAGCUCCCACCACCUUUGGUGGGUCGACUAAAAAACCCAUGAGCCUUGCUUCAGGCUCAGUACCAGCUGUCCCACCCAAACGCCCUGCUGCCACCACUGCCAGGCCUUCCAUCUCACCUUCAAAAGACGUGAAACCCAAGCUUGUUGCAGAGGCAAAGAUUCCUGAGAGGAAGACCACGCCAUCCAAGCCAGCUUCUGCCCCAGCCUUCAGGCCUGGCUCCAAGAGCACCCAAACUGUUCCAAAAGCCACCGCAGCUGCCUCUGUCGCCCCAGCUGGGUCAAGCAGUAGGAGCACCCCUAUCCCCUUGUCCAAGAGGCCUGCUGGCAUCAAGACUGAGGGAAAACCUGCAGAGGUCAAGAAGACGGUUACAAAGUCUGUACCAGCUGACUUGAGUCGAUCAAAGAGCACCUCCAGCAGUACCGUGAAGAAAAAUACCACUGUCCCUGGGGUAGCUCCUCCGGCAGGGGUGGCUCCCAGUCGAGUCAAGACCAUACCCACACCUCCCCGGCCCUCCGGGACUCUUGCCAUGGACAAGAAGCCCACGUCAGUCAGGCCCAGCUCCUCUGCCCCCAGGCUGAGCCGCCCUGCUACCAAUGCUUCCACCCCUGAUCUGAAGAAUGUCCGCGCCAAGGUUGGCUCCACGGAAAACAUCAAGCAUCAGCCUGGAGGAGGCCGGGCCAAAGUAGAGGAAAAAACAGAGGCAGCUGCUGCAGCUCGAAAACCUGAACUUAAUGCGGUCACUAAAACAGCUGGCCCAGGUGCAAGUGCACAGAGACCGCCUGCUGGGAAAGUCCAGAUAGUCUCCAAAAAAUUGAACUACAGCCAUGUUCAGUCCAAGUGUGGUUCCAAGGACAAUAUUAAGCAUGUCCCUGGAGGUGGUAAUGUUCAGAUUCAGAACAAGAAGGUGGACAUCUCGAAGGUCUCCUCCAAGUGUGGGUCCAAGGCCAACAUCAAGCACAAGCCUGGUGGAGGAGACGUCAAAAUUGAAAGUCAGAAGUUGAACUUCAAGGAGAAGGCCCAGGCGAAGGUGGGAUCCCUGGAUAACGUGGGCCACCUGCCUGCGGGAGGUGCCGUGAAGAUUGAGACCUACAGGCUGACGUUCCGGGAAAACGCCAGGGCCCGCACCGACCACGGGGCCGACAUUGUUUCCCGCCCCCCCCACUUCUUUGUUGGCCCCAGCUCAAGCACCCGGGCCUUUGGCUCCCUCCCUCAGGCCGCCCACUAGACCUGUGACCACUUGGGUGCUGGGCAGCCCUCUAGGGCCCUCCUUCCCUCCCACCUGCCUCGCUCGCCUAGGGCAGCAGCAGUCGCCCUCAUCCCUCCUUGUGCUCCCCGCCUCAUGCCCAGCUCCUUGCUUUGCUCCUGGCCCAUCACCACUUCACUGCUCCAGGGGGAGCGUGGGAGGAGAGUGGGGUAGGGUAGGCUAACUUGAGAUCUUGGGGGAAUCUAAGAGGAAGGAACCAGAUUCCAACCUCCUCUCUGUUUGGGUUUUUUUUUUUU